GAGGCCCAACCUCCGAAGCCCUUUCAAACUCCUCCUGUUCAAAUCUGAAACUCCCCAACGGUCGAACUCCAACAUCAACUGCUCUGCCUCCGUCCUGUUCCUUCAAUUUUCCUGCUCUGCCUCGCGAUUUCUUCAGAUUUCCCGCAAAUCUCCCGCCUCCAAUGGACGCAUCGUCCGCGGAUUUACCCUCCAAAGUCCGGGUGGUCGUGCGGGUCCGCCCUUUCCUCCCUCACGAGGCCGCCGCUGCCGCCUCGGGGAACGGCGGACCCGCCUCAUGCGUUUCCGUACUCGGUCGUCGUGCGAGCGGAUCGUCGUCCCCCGACGACGAGGUCACCGUCCAUCUCAAGGACCAAGCCACUAGUCGGAACGAGUGCUAUAAGUUGGACUCGUUCUUCGGCCAGCAAGACGACAACGUGAGGGAGAUAUUCGACAGGGAAGUGAAGCCCCUGAUUGCUGGGGUCUUCCAUGGGUGCAAUGCUACGGUGUUCGCCUACGGCGCCACGGGCAGCGGUAAAACCUACACGAUGCAGGGUACCGAUGAACUGCCGGGCCUGAUGCCGUUGGCCAUGUCCACGAUCCUGUCCGUGUGUGAGACCAUGAGAAGCACUGCAGAGAUUUCGUACUACGAGGUCUACAUGGAGAGAUGCUAUGACCUUUUGCAAGAGAAACCGAAGGAAAUCGUGAUUAUGGACGACAAGGAUGGGCAAAUCCACCUGAAGGGACUCUCGUGGGUCCAUGUGCAAUCAAUGUCCGAGUUUAACGAGGUGUUUGCUAGUGGAAUCCAGAAGCGCAAAGUGGCACACACUGGUCUAAAUGACAUCUCCAGCAGGAGCCAUGGUGCACUCGUUAUAGCUGUCACCACACCUUGUGGCGAUGGUUCUGAUGCUGUAGUCACCGGAAAGUUGAACCUCAUAGAUCUAGCCGGGAACGAAGAUAAUAGGAGGACCUGCAAUGAGGGAAUCCGUAUGCAGGAGAGCGGCAAGAUAAACCAAUCGCUGUUCGCAUUAUCCAACGUGAUUUAUGCUCUGAACAACAACAAACCUCGCGUGCCUUAUCGAGAGAGCAAGCUGACUCGAAUACUGCAGGACUCUCUUGGUGGAACCAGCCGUGCCAUCAUGGUUGCAUGUUUGAAUCCUGGAGAGUACCAAGAAUCUGUUCAUACUGUGAGCUUGGCAGCUCGGUCACGCCACAUCACUAACUUCAUUCCUUCUGCUCAAAAGCAAGAGACUCCCAAGUUGAAAGUUGACAUGGAGGCAAAACUGCGUGCUUGGCUUGAAUCAAGAGGCAAAACAAAGAGUGCAAACAGAGUCGGAGCCUUGAAGACACCAGUUUCUGUCAAGAAAACUGCUGAGCGUCAUACUUCUGUUAAAACGAAGGUCAGCUCUAGACAGGAUAAUUCUGUCUCCCGAAGGAUCUUGCCGGUCUCCUCCAGAAAUUUAUUCGAUAAUGGAGGUUUGGAGGAAAGGGACGCAGAGAACCUGCAGUAUAUACCUGAGCACACAGACAUUAAGGUGAAAGAUGUGCUCGAUGCAGUUACUUUGGAAUCAAGAAUAGACCUCCGAGGUGAGCCAAUUGAAAAGGACGACCGCGCUAUUGCCAAAACAUCCAUCGAUUUCACUGAGUCAUUUAGAGUUACCGGUACGAAAAGUGGCAGGCAGAGUCCCCAAGGAAAAGUGCUUUCCCCAGUAGAGAGAGCCAAAACGUCUGUCGACUUCACAGAGUCAUAUCGAGUUACCAAUACGGCAAAUGCAAGGCAGAGCCCAAUAAGAAAAGCACUCUCCCCAGUAGAUGUAAACAUCGGACAAAGGGCUCUAGUAACAUGCUCCGAGCCAUUUGAGCCACGGACCCCAGUUACAUCUUCCAAGAGCUGCACAAGCAAGCUCCAAAAUUUUGUCACUCCACUUGAUAAAUUUAAUGAGUGCAGCUCUAACUUGAAGACCUGUCUUAUUAAAGAAUUCAUCGAUGUCUUGAAUGUUGCCAGCAGAGAGGAGCUUCUUGAGAUUAAGGGCAUUGGACCGAAGAGAGCAGAUUAUAUCCUUGAACUCAGGGACUCUAGCCCUCUGAAAUCGUUAGAUGACUUGGAGAAGAUCGGCCUCUCCUCUAAGCAGGUUCAUAACAUGUUUGGUAGAGUCGCAAGAGAUGCGUUCGAGUGAUCCGGAAGACCGGCAACAACCUGUUGUUGAGCAUUUCUGCUUGAAUCAUCUCACAUGUUGUCUCUGUCUCGUCCCUGUUUUGGGAGAUUGUAAACAAGCUGCGUCUAAGCUUUGACAAGAAUUUUAAAAUCCAUAAAUUGUGAGAUCAGAAAGGAUGUAAUGUCACAAACAAUAGCGUCUUGAUCCUGUGAA